CAUGACGACACACCGAGGGAAAGGCGAUGAUCUGCGUCGAAAGGGGACUGGAAGACGCAUAUAAGACUUCUCCCUACCCCUCUCUUAACCUCCGGUCUCUACACAUAUAUACGGGACGCAGAAAGCAGCCCACUUUCAAUUUACUCUACAUAACAUUCUACGCACUUUAUCCUGACCAAUUGAAUUGUCAUCAUCAACCGACAAUGGACACUAUCAAGAACACCAUGAAGGGGGGUUCCGACUCCAGCAAGCAGCAGCAGUCGUCGUCCCAGAGCGCACAGAGCGGCCAGAAGGAAGACUAUGGCGAUAAGGCCUUCAGCGCCGCCUCUCAGAAGACGGGCCAGAACAUCGACCGCGAUACGCAGGAGAAGAUGACGGAUACGGGCCGUGACAUGUUCGAGAAGGGCACCGGUAAAAAUGUGCCGGAGAAAUUCUCGAACUGAAGAGGACCGGGCCGAGCAGGAGAUUAGGAUGAUGAGGAGGCAGUCGAUCACGUCGGCUGGUUCGUGGGGUGUGCGAUGACUUCGGUGGUGUUGUUAUGGUCUAAUGGGUGCCUUUGUUAAAACCACGUAACCAACCAAGUAACCAUUCUUGGGAGUAAAGGAAUCUGCAAGACAAGUUCUUGGUCAGUCUGUCAUCUCUGUGAUGUGGUUGGCGUGAUGUAGACAUCGACAGGACAUAGCCCGGGCAGAAAGAGGACGAUGAACUUAGUCGAGAGGAACGAAAAAGCAGUCGAUUGAACUGAUCGGACUGUUGUGUUAAAAAGUUAAGCCGUCCUUA